AUGCAAACUAGCCAACUAAUAGAAAAAAGUGAUGUCUAUAGCUUUGGUGUUGUUAUGGCAAAGUUGCUGACAGGUAAAAAGGCACUUUCUUUUGAUAGACCAGAAAUUGAUAGAAAUCUAGCAAUAUCCUUUGUGACUGCCAUAAAAGAGGAUCGCCUACUUCAAAUUCUUGAAAAUCACAUUGUCAAUGAGGAUAAUAUUGAGCAACUAAAGGAAUUUGCUAAUCUUGCAAAAAGGUGCCUAGGAUUGAGAGGGGAGGAUAGGCCUUCAAUGAAAGUGGUGGCAAUGGAGUUGGAGAGAUUGAGAAGUAUGGGAAAACAUCCAUUGGGAAACAUUGAUGUCUGUGCAAAAAAGACUGAAUACUUACUUGGUGCAAGUAGUCACUCUUUCAACAUUGAUGUUGGCACUGGUUGUUCUACUAGUACAACUGCUAAGUAUGAUAGCAUUAGAGAUCAAGUAUUGAAACCGGAGGAAGAUGGAAGAUAA